AUGAGCAAUCCACCGAGGCCUGCUGGCGACCGUACCCAGUCGACGCAUCCUGCGCUGGACCCCAAUAUCACUCAGGUCCCCGUCACCCCCGCCGCACACAUUGCUGGCCAGGAUGCCUACUUCCAGCCCCAAGUCGAGUCGCAGGAGCCCCCGCUCCCUUUCGACCCCGAAACCGUUACCCCGGGCCCCCAGUGGAAUCCAAACACAUACUUUCCCCCGACCCAGCAGCCCGCCGGCGCGAAGAGCGCAGAGGAGCUGCUCAAACGCCUGAGCCGCAGCGGCGGCGACUUGGCGCAAAAGACCGAUCUGGCCGACGUCGACCCCCAGGCGGCCCAUCCCAACUUGAAUCUGAGCGGCGGCGUCAUCAGCGCGACCUCGUGCGUGCCGUACAACAUUAGCUAUUCGCCGGGUAAUGACUGGGAACUCCGGUCUCGCCGUGGUACUUCUGCUCUUUUCGACUCGUUUUCUUAUCUCGCAUCUUCGUCUUCGCCUUGGAAUCAUACUUUGGUUGGUUGGACCGGCGAGAUCAAGGUCGCUGCGGAUGCGCAGCCCGUUGUUGGCGACAACGGGGCGGGUGCUAAUGGCUCCGCCCCCCUCAACAAGGCCUCUGCACCCAUUCCCGUCGACGCCACGGCCAAGCCCGAGCAGCCGGCUCAGAUUGAGGGGCUUAGCAUUGACCGCGAGCACCGGUCACGCUUGGAGAGACAGCUGGAACGGGACCAUGGUGGGAAGAUCGUUCCCGUUUGGCUCUACGACGAACUCCACGAGGAUGAAGACGUGGUCGUCUUGAAGAACCAGAACAGAUGGCGCAGAUACGCCGAGCAUGAGCUCUACACACUAUUCCACUACAAGACGAACGAGCCCGCUGAUGGCCGUGCGGCGCGCAAGUCCUGGGCGGACUACUACCGCAUGAACAAGAUGUUUGCCGACAAGAUUCUCGAGGUAUACAAGCCAGGCGAUAUCAUCAUGAUCCACGAUUACUAUCUCCUUUUGCUGCCUAGCCUCCUCCGGCAGCGCCUCCCGAAUGUCUACAUUGGCUUCUUCCUCCAUGUUCCUUUCCCUAGCAGCGAAUUUUACCGUUGUCUGAGCCGAAGGAAAGAGAUCUUAGAAGGAGUUCUUGGCGCGAACAUGAUUGGCUUCCAGUCGUACAGCUAUUCUCGCCAUUUCUCCUCCUGCUGUACGCGCAUUCUUGGCUUUGAUUCAUCAUCGGCGGGUGUCGAUGCGUAUGGCGCUCACGUAGCAGUCGACGUUUUCCCCAUUGGCAUUAAUGCUGCGGCGACGCACAAGGUCGCGAUUGAAGAUCCCGUGGUGUCGGAGAAGGUAAAGGGCAUUAAGGAACUUUACGCAGGGAAGAAGCUCAUUGUUGGACGCGAUCGUCUUGAUGCCGUCAGGGGUGUGGCUCAAAAACUGCAAGCAUUUGAGAUAUUCCUUGAGCGUUAUCCCGAGUGGCGCGAAAAGGUUGUCUUGAUUCAGGUUACCAGUCCUAGUAGAAACCAGGAAGAUCGGGACGACCCUGACAACAAGUUCGUCAACAAGAUCUCAGAUCUGGUCGCAAGGAUCAACGGUCAACAUGGAUCCUUGAGUUUCUCUCCGGUUCAGCACUUCCCGCAAUACCUGUCGAAGGAGGAGUAUUUCGCUCUCCUUCGCGUCGCCGAUGUCGGCCUGAUCACAAGUGUCCGUGAUGGCAUGAACACCAUCAGUAUGGAAUACAUUAUCAGCCAAAAGGAGAACCAAGGCCCUCUGAUCCUCUCGGAGUUCUCUGGUACUGCCGGAAGUCUGGCGAGCGCUAUCCACAUUAACCCGUGGGAUCUUAGCGGCGUUGCGGACGCGAUAGAGAAGGCGCUCACCAUGCCCCCUGAAGAGCGUAAGAGCCAGCACGAGAAGCUGUACAAGCAUGUUAUCACCAACAACGUACAAGCUUGGACCAACAUGUACCUCCGCCGUUUGCUGACUAACCUUUCUUCUUUUGAUCAAUCAUUUGCCACUCCUGCUUUGGAUAGGGCAAAGCUGCUUAGCCAGUAUAGGCAAUCGAAGAAGCGCUUGUUCAUGUUCGAUUACGAUGGCACUUUGACGCCGAUCGUCAAGGAUCCCCAGUCAGCUAUUCCCUCUGACCGCGUAAUCCGGACCAUCAAGACGCUGGCUUCGGACCCGGCAAACGCCGUCUGGAUCAUCAGUGGCCGUGAUCAGGCCUUCCUCGAUGAAUGGAUGGGUCACAUUACGGAGCUCGGUCUCAGCGCUGAACAUGGUAGCUUCAUGCGCCACCCAAGGAGCGAGGAAUGGGAGAACCUGACCGAGAAGACGGACAUGAGCUGGCAAUCGGAGGUCAUGCAGGUCUUCCAGCACUACACCGAGAGGACGCAGGGCUCCUUCAUUGAGAGGAAGAAGAUUGCCCUCACCUGGCACUACCGUCGCGCCGAUCCAGAAUACGGCGCGUACCAGGCCCGUGAGUGUCAAAAGCACCUGGAAAGCACCGUCGCGAAGAAGUAUGAUGUCGAGAUCAUGACCGGCAAGGCCAACUUGGAGGUCCGUCCGCGGUUCGUCAACAAGGGCGAGAUUUCCAAGCGUCUCGUGGCGGACUAUGGUGACGAUGCUCCCGAAUUUGUUCUCUGCCUGGGCGACGAUUUCACGGAUGAAGACAUGUUCCGCGCUCUGCGGCGCUCGAAGCUGCCGGACGAUCAUGUCUUUUCGGUCACGGUUGGCGCCAGCUCGAAGCAGACGCUUGCCAGCUGGCACCUGCUGGAGCCGUCAGACGUUAUCUCUGUCGUUGCUUUGCUCAACGGUUCGGCCGAUGCGGGCAACAUUGGUGCCGUGGCAGUGGUUGAUGGCACGGUCCCCGACACCAGGGCUUGA